CCAUAUUUUCUGUUUUGCUGAAGUGAACAUAACCUCUAAUUCUACACAUACUAAUAAGAUUAUUAAGAUGAAUUUUCUACGACAAGCGGUCUGCAAAGUGUCACAUGUUGCAAGCAGCAUUAUAACGUCUGUCCGAGUUCCGCAGUCUUACAGUCUUGCAUUUCGUAUUUCAAAUUUAAACUCUCCACUGAAUCUUAUUCCAACACAAGAACGAUCCAUGGCGUCACUCGCGCGAAUGCAUCGGACAGGUCCGCAUUUCAAAACACGCAAAUCGAAAAAUCCGCUGGAUGGCAAUCCGUUUAUGAAGGGAGUCGUGCUGAAGACGUUAAUUAAGAAACCAAAAAAACCGAAUUCGGCGAACAGGAAGUGCGUUUUAGUCAGAUUGUCGAAUGGAAAGGAGAUGGUGGCGUAUAUACCCGGAAUUGGUCAUAAUUUGCAAGAACAUAAUAUUGUGCUUGUGAGAGUUGGAAAAGUUCAAGAUUGUCCGGGUGUUAAACUGAAGUGCGUUCGAGGAAAAUACGAUUUGUCGCAUGUGAUUCCUGUUAAGAAAUAAUGUACCUAGAGCUACCUUAAAUUAAACAACAAAUUCUUAUAUUCUU